UACAGAUUCGAUCAUACUCCCAUCUUAUAUACUAGCUCCCCAAUAUAUAUUUUCUCUAAAGUAAUUAAGAGUACAAGCGAAUUAAAUGGGUUCCAAGGCUUUCGUUUUGCUAGGUCUUGUGUUGGCCUGCAUUAUGCUCCUUAUGAUCUCUUCGGAGGUGGCAGCAAGGGACUUGGCUGAGACUUCCUCUGACCAGGAAAACGCAGAGUUCACCAAAGAUAUCGAUGGAGUCAAUGGGAUAGUCGAUACUGAUGGCAACUAUGGUGGUGGUAAAGGUAAAUAUGGUGGCAGACGAGGAGGCUGCUACUAUGGCUGUUGUCGUCGGGGUUACUAUGGAAAUAGAUGCAGAAAGUGCUGCUCGUAUGCUGGUGAAGCUGUGCAUGUUGAUGCAGAAACAGAUCCAAGCAGCCAAACCACCGCGGGCCUUAACUAAAUAUAUAAUAAUUCAGCAGCAUAAUUAAUAUCUCAGUCUAAUUUGCUGCUAAUUAUUAUGUCCGUCGUUGUAACGUCGUAAAAAUAAAGGUGGCGAGGAUAGAUAGAUGUCAAUGAUCAUGUCGACGUCCUAGUCCGCCCCCAAUGAUCAGCUCCAUCUUAUAUAAUUAUAUAUAUGGUUGUGC